AUGAAACUCUCAAGAAAACAUGUGGAUCAUUAUGAAAGUGUCAAACUGUGGGUUCAAGAGUUGAACGAAAGUGAAAAUACUACUCUUUUCACAGUUUAUAAGAAUGACCCCUUCCUUGUUUUUUUCUGGAGAAUUCAGAAGAGUGAUAUUAAAGUGCAAAACUCAACAUAUGCUUUUAACAUAGCUUGUAACAGUGUUUGUGCUGUAUUGAGUAAUAUAAUGCAUGCAACAACUUCUGUUGCCUAUGAUAUAUUGUAUAAUGAAUUUCUUGCUGCAACUUUUCACACCAAUAACUUGAUAGAGUCUUAUCACAAUCAGCUGAAGACUUUCUAUCUUGGACGUACAAGAUCUCUUCGAGUAGAUAGACUUAUUUAUCUUCUGGCCAAAGUCUUCACUCUUGACUACAGACAAGAGAAUGGCAAGACAUUAUAUGGAUUCCAAUCAGUACGUCUUAUAUGCCAAGAAGAGCAAAAAAGACGAAAUACAUACAUGUUAGAUAGCAAUGCUGCUAUAGAAAUGGUUAAGAAAUUGAAUGAUACUGCAUUCACUUGCAGAUCAUUCACAGUUGAUCUUUUUAUAUACAACAUUGAGCUACAGAAUGAUUUUCUGAAAAACUGCACUUGCCCUGAUACUUCCAAGCUUUGCAAGCAUAUCUUUCUCAUCAAUCGUAUGCUAGACAUUCCCUACUCUUUGCGCCAAAGUCUUUUCUCCUCCUCCUCUGCUGUCCAUGUAUCUAAUACUGAUACUAAAGCAGUAGUUGACACUUCCCUUCUUUCUGACAAGAUAGAAGCUGAUAUCAUGAAGUAUUGUCAAUUAUACUCUGUUGGACUUGACAGCAAGAUAGCCGAUUACAAGAGAAUUUCAGAAGACAUGAGCCAGUUCUUAGAUACAUUGAAGUUUGCAUAUAACAAGCUAAAAGAACAUGGCUCUCUCUCUCAAUCCCAUCCACCUCGACAAACAUAA